AUGACCAAGACCAACGGGCUGAACGGGUCCGGCUCUAAUGGCCACGCAGUUCCUGCUAUUGACCCGAAAGUUGCGACCUCCCCAAGUUCUCCCGGAGACCUUCAAAGGCUAUUGCAGGAAGUCAACGCCCAAUCAAUGGCCUUUAAUGAUGGUGAUUCAGAAGCACGUUUGAGACUUGUGGAUGCCGCGCGGUCUCUUAUGUAUGCAAUGCAAACACCUCAAGAGGCCAUGCUGCAUUACUGCUGGGCUGAGCCUGUAUCAUUUGCCGCAAUUGAAACGUGUAUCAACCUGGGAGUCUUCACGAUCCUGGCACAAGCCGACGAGCCGAAGUCGGUAGAAGAUCUCGCGGCGCAAACCGGCGCAGAGCCAGAACUGCUUGGUCGUCUCAUGAAGCAUCUUGCUACGAUGAGAGUCUUUGUGGAGAACGAGUCGAACUCUCUCAAGCGCUAUAACGAUGCUUGGCCAGCGAUUAACGGGUCCACUAUUCCCGCAGUCUUUUCACUGCCGACAUGGCUGAAACAAAACAACUAUCGCAUCCCAACCGAAGGCACGAAUUGUCCGUUCAAUUUAGGAUUGGAUACCAAAGAUGCCUUUUUCGAGUUCCUCAACAGCAAAAACCCCAAGUACCCCGAGCUCGGUGCGCAGUUCAACAACCUUAUGUCCGCAUACCACCAAGGCAGACCCAGCUGGAUGGAUGAGCAUGUUUACCCCGUGAACGAUAAUCUCAUCAAAGGUGCAAAGAUUAGCAAUGAGGAAGUCUUCCUUGUGGACGUCGGUGGAAACAAAGGGCAUGACUUGGAAGAGUUCAAAUCCAAGUGGCCCAACGCUCCUGGGAAAUUAAUCCUGCAAGAUCAACCACACGUUCUGGCAGAUAUCGCAUCAUUGCAUCCUGCAAUUGAGCCCAUGAUCCACGACUUUUUCACCGAGCAGCCGGUUAAAGGUGCCCGGGUUUACUUCUUGCAAUCUAUCCUUCACGAUUGGAACGACCAAAACUGCCAAAAAAUUCUCAGUCAGCUUGUUGCUGCGAUGACCCCCGGAUACAGCAAGCUGUUGAUCAACGAAAACGUGGUGCCCGAUACCGGAGCCCAUUGGCAGGCUACUUCCCUUGACCUUAUCAUGAUGAUUGACCUGGGUGCCAAAGAACGGACUAAGCAGCAGUGGCAUCGGCUAAUUGAACCGGUUGGCCUGAAAAUUUCUAAGAUUUGGACCUCGCUGAACAGCGCAGAGAGUGUGAUUGAAUGCGAAUUGGCGUGA